AUGGCCGUCUCAGCUGGCGGUGGUUUCGUGAUAGCUUUGGUCAUUAUUAUAUUACUAGUAGGUGGAGGGUACAUACUUUACGCACAUUGGCGAGCGCGGCGACUAGGCCUACCACCACCCUCCCUCAAUCCUUUCGCCAAACGCAAUCAAAGCCAGGCAAACGCCUCGUAUCGUGCACCAGCACCCGCACCAGGCGGUAUCCAGGGUUGGUUCGCCGAGAAAUGGGCGUCGUUACGCAAUACCCGCACAGCAGGAGGAGCCUACGAAGGGACUAGCUACGGCGGUUCAGGGAGUGCGCGGGAUCGACGAGGGUUCGGACCACUCGAUCCAGACGAGGCCUGGGAUGCGCGAGUCGAUCACGAAGCAGGUGGGUACUACGAAGAGCAGGAGCUCGGCCUACAGGACCCAUCACAUGGACCUUACGGCGGAGGCGGGUACGGCGAGGCAGGUGUAGGAGGCAUUCCAGACGACCGAGGACGAAGUCGAUCGAGACAACGGGAAGUGGACAAGCGGUACGACGAGGAGAUGCACGUCGGAGCGCCAUCACAACCGGCUGGCGGCAACAGCCAUCUGAACCCCUUUGGCGACCAGAACGAAGCCACGAGCUUGCGAAACGUGAGCCCCAGACCCCACCUCGAUACUGGAGCAGGACCGACACGAGGCGUAAGCUCGCACAAGAAGAACAACAACAGUCUGGGCACGAGUGGUAGUGCGGAGAACAGCCCGACCGAAAGACGGAGUAUGUUCCAUGAGGAUGUGUAG